AUGAUUGUGGCAUCAACUAUCAUCAUGUUGUUACAUCGAUUGUGGUUUUUGGUAUAUUGUUCUUGUGUUUUGGCUGUAGUUUGUUUGUCUUAUGAUGAUCAAGAACAAGGAUUGGUUGAAUAUCGUCAAAGAAUUGGUGGGAGACAUCGAGGAUUUAUUUAUCGGACUAUUAUUGUUGAUCAAUCUGGUCGGGGUCAUUUUAAUACCAUUCAAUCUGCUGUUGAUUCAGUUCCUGCUGAUAAUAACAAAUGGAUUUGUAUUUACGUUAGAGCCGGAAAAUACAAGAACCGGCUCCGUGAAGAACAAGUGUAUAUACCAUAUUUCAAGCCAUUCAUAUACCUUAAAGGAGAUGGGAAGAGGAAGACAAUUGUAGUUUGGAAUGGAUAUGACAAUAUUAUGACAAGUGCCACUUUUAUUUCUGAAGCUGAUAAUAUUGUUGUCAAAAGCAUGAGUUUUUGGAAUUCAUACAACAACCCGUAUACGAUUGGGAAGCCAGUAAGUACAGCGGUGGCUGCGAGGAUUUCUGGCGACAAAUCGGCGUUUUAUCGAUGUGGAUUCUUCGGGUUUCAGGACACAUUGUGGGAUGUUCAAGGGAGGCAUUAUUUUAAGAGAUGUACUAUUCAAGGAGCUGUUGAUUUCAUAUUUGGAGCUGGGCAAUCUAUAUAUGAGAAAUGUACGAUAUCGGUUAUAACAGGAGGAUUAAAUGGGCUGGCAGGAUAUAUAACUGCCCAAGGUCGAGCCACAGCAGAAGAAACAAACGGAUUCGUGUUCAAGGAAUGUCAAGUGGUUGGAAAUGGACUUGUUUACUUAGGCAGACCAUGGAGAGACUAUGCCAGAGUCAUAUUCUAUAACUCAUCUAUGACAAGCAUUGUGGUCCCUGAAGGGUGGAAUUCUUGGAAAUCAUUUGCUGCAACCGGGAACCAGAUAACGUUUUCUGAAGUAGGGUGUCAUGGUUUGGGAGCAAACAAAAAGAACAGAGUUUCUUGGGAAGCAAUGUUGAGUCCUCAAAUGCUGUCAUAUUUUACCAGCAUCAAAUUCAUUGAUAAUGAAGGUUGGAUUAGAAGACAACCUUUCCAUAUGCUACCACCGCGGUGA